CUGCGCUGCGCUGCGGGCCGGCGGCCGCGAGGGCGGGCGCGGCAGUGCGCUGCUUGCCGGUGGGGCCCGCCUCGCCGCCCCCUGUCCUCGUGCCAUGUGACCGGGGACGGUUCCAGAGCGCUCUCCCGCCGUUACUUCUGCUUAGUCACCGCGCCGCCGCGCACGGCGUCGCGAUGGGGACCGACGGCUCGCGCGCCCUCCUGGAACAGGCGACCACCCUCACGCUGCAGACCGGCAACUUGCUCAACUGGGGCUGCCUGCGCAAAAAGUGCCCGGCCACCCCCAGCGAGGAGGUGCGGGACUGCAUUCAAAAAACGCUGAAUGAGUGGAGCUCAAAGAUUGGACAAGAUCUAAAUCAGGAAGUACUGGAGGUUCUGGAAUGUACUGUGGCUCAAGCUAUAGAAAAAAUAAAUCCUGAAGAAAGAGAUGAGUUGAAAGUAUCAGCAAAACUUUUCGUCAUUGGAUCAAACUCUUCAUCAAUCAGAGAUGCAGUUGGCUUAGCGUGUUCUGCACUCGGAGUUUCUCAGCUAGAUUCUGUCAUUAUCGCCCCACCUCCUAUUGAAGAUGGAAUUAGCCUGUCCUUGGAAUAUUUACAACCUUAUUGGCAAGAACUCGAAAAUCUAGUUCAAAACAAAAAGAUUGUUGCCAUAGGUACCUCUGACUUAGAUAAAAUACUGUUAGAGCAGCUGUAUCUGUGGGCACAGGUGAAACCAAGUAGUAACCAAGUAAAUCUAGCUUCCUGUUGUGUUAUGCCACCUGAUCUCACAGCAUUUGCAAAAGAAUUUGACAUACAGCUAUUAACUCACAAUGAUCCAAAAGAACUGCUCUGUGAAGCCAGUUUCCAAGAAGUUCUUCAGGAAAGCAUCCCGAACACGAAAGCUCAUGAAUGGACUCCUUUAUGGCUUCUCCGGUAUUCAGUCAUUGUUAAAAGCAGAGGAAUUAUCAAGUCUAAAGGCUAUAUCUUACAAGCUAAAAGAAAUGCCUUUUAAAACACCUCCUCAUUUUUACAGUAGCUUGCCGUUUUAAUUUCUUGGGCACAAGGGGAACAUUGCGGCUUUUGUAGGAAGACUUUCACAACAGCUGUAACAAAGACCAAAAGUUGUAAUUUUUCAAAGUGGUGUCAGCAGGAAUGUCUGCAGUGUUCUAAUACUAUUUUUCUUUCUUAACCUAUUCACCAAUUAAUUUAAAAUAUGAAAUAGUUUGUUUUCAUUAAACUCUUUUCUAACUGAAAUUAUGUAUAAAGAAAAUGUUCAAAAUAUUUUUCUUUUAUAUGACCACUACACUGUAAAACUAUCACUAUAUUUUAGCUACCCUCAGGUAGUGUAAAGAAACUUGUAUAUUUUUUUAAUGGGUUGAGUUUCUUUUAAAUAAUAGCUACUAACCUGGUAGGUACCUAGAUUUCAGACUUUCAAAGACUAAUUUGUGUGGAUAACUCAUCUUUCAUGAAAAAUUAUCCAGCAAAAUAAAUCAGUAUGUCAUUACUUGGUAUGGGCACGUCAGCUGUUUAAUUUGUGUGGAUGGAAAAUUGGUUUAUUUUUAAUAAAUAUAAAAGACCUCUGUGGUUUGGGGGGCAGGGAAGAAAGCAUUUUCAGAAUUACUGAAUGUUACUUGAAUUCCUUCUGGCUCUUUUGUGCCUCUGUGUAAUUUAUGUACAAGGCUGAUGGCAUCUUUACAGUUUGAAAUAGAAAAUAUAUUAUUGCAUGAGAAAAACCUGUUAAUUGGAAGUCAUAGUGUGCCUGGUUUAUUCUCAACUACUUUUUGAUAUUCAGGAGCCACAGAAGAGUAAAGGUGAGGCUUUUCUUUGUUUGAUCAUGUACAAUGGAUGACUGACUUUGAGGAUGCCUAGAAACUGUGUUGUUUCAGUCUCGUUCAGAAAUGGUACUAGCAUUUAGCUUGAAGCUGUGUCUGCUUCUUUGUGGCACCAUCUUAAUGUGUACUGUACUGCUAUAGAGAGACUGCUGCAGCCAAGGCAAAGCAUCUGAUCUAAUAUAGUCUUUUUAUUAAAUAGGCUUUUUAAUUUCCUAGGCCUUUAAAUCACAAUAGAUACCAAAAUUCAACCUGUAGUUCAGCAGGGGCUUGAUGUUAAGUUUCUAAAAUCAAAUAAGCAUUUUCCUAGGGACUUCAGGUAGUAACAGGGCUUCAUGCUAGUGCUUGUCAACUUAGUUGUACAUAUUUUGAGCUUUGGACUGUAAGGGAAUUAACUUUCAUUAUGCAGGCAGCUAGUGGACUUUCAGUGCUUGUAGGCACUGCCUAGCAGUAUCAGCUUGCUAUAAUUCAUUCCAUUAACUCAAAACUAACUUUUAUCAAAAUAUUUUAUUUUUGAGCCCUUAAGUAUCUUAUCUCUAUGUGGUAAAUUCUGGAAAGUUCCUAGACUUCAGUUAUUUUAUUAAAUAAGGGGGAGAGAACUGGAACUAGUAAUGCAACAAGAAAAUUCAAAUUUUUUCCUCUUAAUCAAGAUUUAGUCUUUUUUUUUUUUUUUUUUUUAUGGAGGGUUGUUGUGUAUCAGACUUUCAAAUAAGAUGAGGUUCAUUUCAAACUUCUCUGCCAGCUUAGCUGUGUGCUUCUGAUGACUAACCAUUAUUUCUAAAUUCUGUUCCUGUGUGGUAGACUAUUGACAUCCUGUAUUAUCUUAGAUUUGCAUGUGUGUUCAGUUAUACCAAUUGAAAUACUGCAAAAUAAGAACUGUGCUAAAACAAUGUACAGGUUGUCCUAAUGGGAUAAUUACUUCCUUCUUGUAAACCAUUAGCAUUUCUCUUGCUAUAGAAAAGUACGUUUUAAGAGAUGAUCUUAUUUUUGUAGAGUCAUUGAUAGUGUAGCAAUUUAUCAGGAUUUGUGAUUGUUGGGGUGUUUUUGUUUGUUUUUUUUUUUUGCAUAAAGUGGGAGAUGAGAUUCCCUUUCAUGAGGAACUUGAGAAUUUGAAUUAAAAUUUGAAAUUUAUGUACACUUCAUCUAUUGUUUGUAUGAAGUCUGAGCAUCCCAGUGAUAGUAUUUUAUGCUUUCUGGGACCUUAUAGAGUGGCGUGUAUACUUUCACGUAAUAGAGAAUACAUGCUCCCCACUGCUGGCUGAUUUGCUGAUCUGAAAUUACCACAUUCACAAAUUUUAAAAUAGCAUGAAAAAAAUCAGAUUCUUCAACACUGAAGACGUAUGUUAGUAUGUCAGCUGGUGUUAUUUUUUUUCUCUCUCCUAUAUACUUGCAUCUGUAUAGCCACCUUUCUUUAGAUUGCACUGUUCCAGCAGUCCGUGUGAAGGAAACUGAGAGCUGUGCUCAAUGUACUGCUUGCUUUUUGCAGAAAGCAUGUGUCUGUUUACCUGUUUUGUUCAUUAAACUGAACUGAAUGUGAA